AUGCCAGCAGACGGGGUGGAAGAUGACGCAGGUACGGAAACAGAAGAAGAGGUGGAAGAUAACGCAGGUACGGAAACAGAAGAAGGGGUGGAAGAUGACAAGCAGAGGUGGGAGACGACGCUGAAUCGCCUUCAUCGACUUGUACUGAAACUGAAUGAUAACUGGUCAAAACAGAAAAUCUCCCAAUUAACUAUCCAACGGUUAUAUUAUUCAACUGAAAAGUUAGGUCGUAUUGCUCAAAUUUUCAAUACAUAUCUGUGUUUGGACGAUGGUCGUGUCGUUAGCAAUUUUGUUGCACAGGCUAUUCGUAAGCACUCAUUGACUACAAACCAGUCUAAGUCGACGAAGGAGCAUCGACAUCAGCGUUGGGUUGAUAUCGGGAUUAGCAUAGUGGAACCCAGUGACAGUGAGAGACGAGAUGCCACCGAUAAAACUGGAAGGAGUGAGCAAUAUAUUUCCAUGGAGAGAACAAAUCAAGGGAGGUGGUUAUCUAAAGAUCAAAUGGUGCGCAUGUGGCUGUUAACAUCUUUAUCUGAUUUCAUGCGUUCUUUUGUCGUUGGAUGGGAUCACUCAUGGGAGAUUUGGAGUGGGGUGCACGAAAUCUGUCGUACUGAGUUGGUAAGCAAGAUCAAGAUUGCCCUUUGGAAUGAGAUGAAGAACACAAAGAAAGGAAAUCGUAAUGUCAUAGAUUAUCUUAGCAGCAUCGGUUAUUUCGUUGAUAUGUUGGUUGAAAUGGGAGAUGAUGUGACUGAACGAGAACAUAUUGACGCCAUCUUGGAAGGGUUGCCGGAGGAAGGGUAUGAAUCUGUGCGAACGAUCAUUCGUUCACGUGUAGAUGCUACUUCUUCUGAUCUUGAAACGUUGAUGAUAAUUCAAGAAAUGGUAGUUAGUGGGGCUCAACCUCCCAUUGAUGAUCUUCAUCGUACCAACGACAAUGUUGAUGCAGCGGGAAGAGGCGGAGGCGGUGGUGAACGUGGUGGCAGAGGCGGUGAUGAACGUGGUGGCAGAGGUCGCCGGCGCAGCGGUCGUCUCGGUCGUCAAGGAAGUGGUGGCCGUAGCGGUAGCGGCUAG